AGUUACACAUUGGACAAUUUGGGUGCGUUUCUGAGCAACGAAGCACUGUCACGUAGCCUGAAAAAGUAUUGUGCAGAUGAUAUCCAGACAACACGUAACUUCCAAACCAUGCAUCAUUCCCAAUCAGAAAGCACACCAAGUUUCCAGUUAAAGCAAUCAGCAAAUUUUACAUUUCUUGAUUGGAUAAAGGCAGCAAAAAGGCAGCUAACUGUAUUCGGCUUAAUGUUUUUAUUCGCUUUCGUUCCGAUCGCAUUCCCAUCAAAGGAGAUGUUGAGUGCGUAUGUCGUGCUUCUGAUGGGUACGUUGUGGAUGAGCGAAGUAAUACCACUGGCUGUCACAGCAUUAUUGCCAGUCAUCUUAUUUCCUGCUUUUGGUAUAUUGAAUGCACAUGAUGUCUCGGUCAUCUAUCUUGCUGAUAGCAAUUUUAUAUUCGUUGGAAGUUUGAUUAUGGCAGUCGCAAUCGAAACGAGUAAUCUUCAUGAAAGAAUCGCACUUCGCAUUCUUAUCUUCACGGGCUCUAAUCCACGAUGGUUGAUGGGUGGCUUUCAACUAUCAACAGCUUUAUUGUCAAUGUGGAUCAGUAAUACAGCGACAACUGCAAUGAUGGUACCAAUUGCUAUGGCAGUCAUACGAGAAUUACGAAUGUUCGAGGAAUCCAAGGCGGUAAACGCAGAAAAUACGGCAUUACAACUUGACGCAAUGGAUCAAGCUGAGAAUCCCUUAGAUAUCCGAAGAAUACCACCAAGAGAAAUGAACAUUUACAAGGUACGUGGAUCUUUUUAUGCAUUGCUGCUGUCAAUUUGCUAUUCGGCAUCAAUCGGUGGGAUUGGAUCGCUCAUUGGUACUGGGCCGAAUAUCGUUCUUGCUGGCGAUUUAGAAAAGCUUUAUCUCGGUAAAACGCCAAUAACAUUUGCCAGUUGGCUUGCAUUUGCUGUUCCGCAGCUCGUCAUCUCAUUAUUGUUUUGCUGGAUUUGGCUUCAGACGAUAUUCAUCGGAUUCAGGUACUAUGAAAUGCAGUCGAAAUAUUUGUCCUCAUCAAUUGAUUUUUAUCAUUCUCAAAAGAUAUUCAGUAGAACGCAAGAAGACGAUGAGAGUCGUGUGGAGCGGAUGCUGAAACACAAAUAUGCACGAUUGGGACCACUUAAAUUUGACGAGAGAAUUGUGUUGGCACUGUUUGCAACGUUGGUAUUUUUGUGGUUGUUCCGUGAACCAAAGAUAAUUCCAGGCUGGAUCUCGUUAUUUAAAGAGAGAUUCAUCUCUGAUGGUACGGUGGCAAUGUCUAUUGCGUUUCUGUUAUUCGUUGUGCCUGCUGAGAACCCUUUGAAACCACCAUCAGAUGAUAAAGAAUUUCGAACUUUAAUGAGUUGGGAACAAAUGAAGGAAAAAUUUUCGUGGAGUACUGUUCUUUUGCUUGGUGGAGGUUACGCGUUGGCAGAAGGUGUGGAAGAGAGCGGCUUAUCGGAUAUGUUGGGCUCACAGUUAGCAUCAUUGACAACAUUACCGAGAUGGAUGUUUAUCUCCGUGAGUUGUGUUUUUAUAACGAUCAUAACUGAAUUCAGCAGUAAUGUCGCGACUGCAUCCAUCUUCAUUCCAAUGGUCAACUCAAUUGCGAAAUCCACUCGGACAAACCCGUUGUUGUAUAUUCUUCCCACAGUACUCUCUUGCUCGUAUUCGUUCAUGUUACCUGCCGGUUCACCUGCAAAUGCAAUUGUUUUCAGUUCGAAGAUGAUUCGAGUCGUUGACAUGGUGAAAGCAGGUUUUACAUUGAAUGCAUUCUCGGUUUUAAUGACAAUUACAUUCACACACACAUACACAUGGUGGCUAUUCGAUCUCGGCGAUUUUCCGCAGUGGGCUGAAUACAACCGUACCACACUCCAUCCUCACGGACCAUGA